AACGGUCAUUCACGAGGCAGAAAUAUAGUGUGCCUCUGAUUUAUCAAUGAUUAUGUUGCGUGCAACAGUUUGAUAAACGACACUAAUUUGUUGUGCACGGAAAUCCUGUAGAGAUACCGAAGAGUCAAAGGGAGCUGUUCUGCAACAUCUAGUUUUGUGGACGGGCUGCACCAAUAGCACACAGCUCUUGCCAUCUUUGUGCUUGACUUUCUCCUCCCACCACUCUUGUGUGAGAAUUGCAGCGAGCCACCAGCCUAGGAAAAUCGGUUAUCCGAAUACUCCGUGGAAAGGGGGUGGCAAAGAAGAGCGAUUAGGCUGAAGAUACCCGUUUGGUGUCGAUUUAGUUUGGAAAAGUUUAUAAAGUUUAGUUCACAAUGUCUUUGUCUGUACCCCAGAAUGGAAUCAAGGCGGAUAACGAGCCCGUUAUCGAGCUCUUUGUGAAGGCGGGAAGUGAUGGCGAGAGCAUCGGGAACUGUCCGUUCUCACAGAGACUCUUCAUGAUCCUGUGGCUAAAGGGAGUGGUCUUCAACGUCACCACAGUGGACCUGAAGAGGAAGCCUGCAGACCUCCAGAACCUGGCCCCAGGCACACACCCUCCUUUCAUCACCUUCAAUGGGGAGGUCAAAACCGACGUCAACAAGAUCGAGGAGUUCCUAGAGGAUGUCCUCAGCCCACCCAAGUUCACCAAGCUUGGCACCAGACACCCUGAGUCCAACACAGCUGGGAUGGACAUCUUUGCCAAGUUCUCAGCGUUCAUCAAGAACUCCAAACCAGAUGCCAACGAGGGUCUGGAGCGUGGGCUGUUGAAGACCCUGCAGAAGCUGGAUGAGUACCUGCGUUCCCCACUGCCUGACGAGAUCGACCACAACAGCAUCGAGGACAUCAAAAUCUCCACUCGCAAGUUCCUGGACGGUGACGAGAUGACACUGGCUGACUGCAACCUCCUGCCCAAGCUGCACAUCGUCAAGGUGGUGACCAAGAAGUACAGAGGCUUUGACAUUCCCAAGGACAUGAUGGGCAUCUGGCAGUACCUGCAGAAUGUCUAUACGCGUGAGGAGUUCACCAACACCUGCCCCAGUGACAAAGAGAUUGAGAUCGCCUACCAAGACGUGGCCAAGAGGCUGGUCAAAUAGGGCUACUCCAUGCCCCCUCCCCCUAGCACUGGGACUGGUCUGUUCAGACACGAGCAAGAACUAUGAACGACCUUUCCUUAGCUCAUUUAAAGCAAACCUAAUGCAUAAAUAUCUGAUCCUUCCGUUCCCUUUUUAUUUUUUGGAAGAUUUCUUGAGUACAUGAAUCUCAAAGGUCCGUUGGUUAUUGCUUUUUUUGUUUUCUUUUUGUUAUGAUGAUUGUUUCGAGGCGUCUGUCUGGCGAGUUGGUCGAGCUACCUGCCAGAUUGGAUGCAGGCUAGUGUGUAUCCGAGCUUAUCAGUUUUGGAGGGCCAUCGAUACACACUAUAAAGUGGCCUUCCGGCUGACCCUCUGUUUCCACAAGGGAAUCUGGUCACAAGCGUUUUUUUUCUUCUGUUGUCUGUUCAAUAUUGAUUUGCAUUUCAUGCUUGCUAUGAAAGUAACCAUUACAAGACUGAUUUUGUGUGUUGGCUAAGGAGUUGGUUUAAACAGUGUUGAAAGCUUCAGUGUUUUUGGCUCUAGAGAGGAAAUGAGGGCAGGUGUCACUGCAUGUACUGCAUUAGACGCUAGGCCAAACCACAGUUGACAUAUCAGCGCGAUAUGCUUAAUUUUACUGUUGCGUUGCUCGAGUCAAUUGGUAUAACUAUAAUACAGGUAAGGCUACCUGUUGUCCACGUUCUGAUACCAUUUACUCCAUAACCUUGUAUGUGGACACAUGGGUGCGAACAUCCAUGACACUUAUGCUACCUGAGCUCAGUCUACAGUCGGCUCAGAUGUGCCAGGUCCUUAGAUUAGAUGUUUUCAGCUCAGAACAAGGGAACUUAAGAUGCGUGAAAUAUUAGAUACUAUGUAGCAAACAAAACCAACCAUUUUUAGACUUGUAUGGGAAUACAAACUGUCCUUCAUCACUGCAUUGCCUCAUAUCACUGCUCCAUAUAGACACGGACACUCUUGGCAGUAAAUGCUCAAUUUGCCCAAAAUGAACAUGUUUUUUUUUUCGCUCUCUGCUGUACAGUAACGAAGGGAAAUCUUUAGCUUGUGUUGUGCUGGCAGUAGUGGUAGUUUUUUAUUCCACUUCAGCCACCGAAAAGGGGACAUUUUAUUCGGGUCUCACUGUGGAUUGAAUGACUCCUGUUAUCUAAACUAGUGAAGUAACAAAAACACACUCGCCAUCGUUCUGCUAUCGCAUACAGAAGAUCCCCCAUCAGCCAUCAGAAAAGGUGACACUAAAGAUAUUUCUGAGGAUAGGCGUCGGGGAGAGGAGACCGGUAAUGUUGUGGCUGUCAUUUAGGAUUUAAUGUUCUCAUUAUUUAGAAUGCUUUCAACGGUAGUGAGUGUAUUCUGUCAUAGUUUCAAAAUGCUUUAGUGUGGAUAAAGCAAAAAUAUGUUUUGUUUUCUUCUCCCCUUGUUUUGCUAUACUUUCAGACAUUUGUGGUGAUACAAAUUUGAUAAAAGGAUUUGUAAAUAUUUGUUUUGAUUAUUCAGAGUUCAAUGUGUAAAUUGUAUACAUUCAUUGGUUGGUUUGAAUUGUGUGGGGGGGGGGGGGGUGUAAAGCCUUUUCUACCUGCUUGGGUUUUAGUACUAGAAGACAUCUCCUCUGGCCUUAUUUGUUUUCUCUUGCUCAGACGGUUUUCAGAAAUCACUGCAAUUACGACAUGUGUAUGUCAAUUUCAGAAGAAAAGAUCCAGGCUAUGUCAUGGCUUUUUCUUUUUUUUUAAACAAUAUUGACAUUAUUGAAAUAAACCUAUUAUUGGCA